GGGAAGACAUGGAGCGCUAUGGACACAGUCUACACGAAUCAAGUAGGAAUCUCAACUAAAGACAUAAAUAUUUCUCCAGUUAGGAAACAGACGAUUUGAGAGACUGAGAGGAAAGAAAGGGUGGCCCGGUUGAGGAUGGAGUGUGCAUUUGACGCACAGAAUCUGAUCUCCAUUUCUUUGAGGAAAAUCCAAAGCUCCAGGACGCAGAGAGGAGGCAUCAAGCUCCACAAGAACUUACUGGUAACGUACGUACUGAGAAACGCCAGGCAGUUUUAUAUGAGCAAAAACUUGUCGCAAACGCAGAGGACGCAUCAGUAUGAGGACGUAGCUGCGGUCCGCGAAAGGCAAGAAUACCUUGAAUUGACUGGGAGCUUCACGGAGUUGGCCGAUGACUUCUACUGCAACUUUACUGGGGUUGAGUCGGACACUUGGCACUGCGGAGCGCACCAGCCCCACGGCCAGCCUGCAGAGGUGGCGCACCAAGACGCAUCUGCCUGCGCAAUGGUCUCACCAAAUGACUCUGAGCUCAUGGUGUCGGAAGCCUGUUGGAGUUGUGCAGACAAAUCCUCCUGGGAGUUACCUAUCCCAAACACACAAGCCAACCAAAAGACUGUCCUGGACUUGGACACGCAUGUUGUGACUACUGUCACGAAUGGAUACUUCCACUCAGACUGUUGCGCGCAGCCAAAACAGCCGCAGGGCGCGCAGUGCUACACGAAAAAGCGAAAGAUGGACACAAGUUAUCAUAUUGUUGAUCCAGAGUUUUAUUUGCCAGACUUUGGGCCAGUGCCAUGCAAAAGAAUGAGGACUGAUGAUGAAUCAUAUUCAGACUCGGACCAGUUGGACAGCACAAACAUCUCCAACCUGAUCUCAGUGUUGGGUCCAGGUGGACUAUCUGAGUUUGUGAGUUGGCAGCAGACGGACCUUGAGCAAAUAUUCGCCGCUCAAACAAUUUGUUUAAAACAUACACUGUUGACAGGCAGCGGGUGGACCAGAGCAAUCGAAGCAUUUUGAUUUGUAUGAUUGUUUUUCUUUGUAUCGCUUUAUUUUAUUGCUUUCAAAUAAACCAUGACACGACUGCAAUUCUCUCUCUCCUCUGUUAUUGAAAAAUGUUGAUGAAAUGUGAUUAUAUAGAGCAGUCAUAUUCAUCUCGGAUUAAUUUUGCACCUGAACAUUUCCAGUGUCAAUUGAUAUAAUUUCUCCACACAGUAUAGAUUAAUGGUACCCUUGCAUUUAAAUCUUAUUUUCUGGUGAUUCGUUGGAGGGUACUGGAGUCUGCCUUUGGGUUGUAUUUCCUGAAGAAAUGAGUUUGACGCUGUUUCUCUGGAAGGAUGUUUGACGAGCUCCAUCAUGUGGCUAGUAAAGAUCUGUGCAGCCUCAUGCACCAGACCAACGCGGAAUAUCAUUCUGUAAAUGUAU